UCUCCGACGUACAAUGUGCCAGUGUCGAUACAGCAGUGGUGGUCGCUGGUCGGGCUCGAGCGAUCCGACGUGAUGUGAAGAACUAAAUUCUGGAGUCCUGCUGGUUUUGACUGGGUUCGUAGGUAGUUGAACGCCCCAUCGGAAAUCAUGGAAGAAGUCUUGCAGAACGGCAACUAUCAGAGGGAGGCUAACGCCAACAACAUGACCGCCAUGGAGACGCGUAAAGAGUAUAAUACAUUCCAGGAUUGUUUGCUGGACCAUAUGGAGAUCUCAAUAGUAGAAGCUGAAAAAAGAGCAAACAAGGCGCUCAAUCUACGAGAAUUUUACACGGUAUAUCUUAUUGAAACCAAAGUCACUGAUCCAGACUUCAAAAGCGCGUUAAGUAGGAUAAGCUCAUUAUGGCGACGAUAUACCGAAUUUGAAUUGCUUCGCGCUUAUUUGGAAAUUUCUUAUCCUUAUAUUGUAUUACCACCAUUACCGGAGAAGAAAGUUCUCUACGCGUGGCAAAAAGUGACGACUGAUACAUUCGAUCCCGACUUUGUCGAUCGUAGAAGAGCUGGUCUUGAAAACUUUCUUAUAAGAGUGGCAUCACAUCCUAUCCUUUCGCGAGAUGAGCAUUUUAUGGGAUUUCUCCAGCAAAAGGAUGGUUGGAGAGAAAGUGUUAAAGAGACAGGGUAUCUGCAGAUUGCAGAAUCAAAACUAAAAGCGCUUAGUGUAGCAGUACGAUUGAGAAAACCGGAUAAGCGAUUCGAAACUAUAAAAAAUUAUGGAAUUGAGCUGCAGAAUAAUUUGUGCAAUCUUCUGCGAGUACGUGCACGCCUCGUGGAAAAGCAACAUAGUCUAUACAAAUUGCACGCGAAUUACGGACGUGUCUUUAGUGAAUGGAGUGCGAUAGAGAGAGAGAUGGGCGAUGGAUUGCAGAAAUCGGGACACUACUUGGACUCAUUAGCGGCAACGAUAGAUACCACACUCGAGGAGGAAGAGCUCAUAGCCGAUCAGCUGAAGGAGUGGCUGUUCGGUGCGUCGGCGUUGCAGGCUGUGGUUAGACGCAGGGAAGCCUUGCAACUUGCGAAAGACGAGGCACAGGAUGCCUUAACCACCGCGUUUGAACAGAAGGAGAAAGUUAUGCAAGGUAAAGCCGGUUUGAUGUCACGCUUAUUCGGCUCCGUGGACACGGAGGAAGUUCGCGAAUUGAAGAUUCUUCAGUUGGAACAGCGAAUUGCGCAGCAUGAUAAAUCUGUAAAACAAAUGGACGAAGAUUUAAAGUCUUUUUCCAUUAAAGCCAUGAUAGAUAUCGAGAGAUUCCAACACCAAAAGGUCAUCGAUCUGAAAGAAACUUUGGCAGCUUAUUGCGUCUUGCAAUUUAAACUAGCUAGAAAGGGUCUCCAAGCUUGGCAACACAUCAAAGAUUGUCUCGAAAGUAUGCCGUGAAUAUGUUUAUAAUGAAGCAGACUGUCACAGAACAAUAAUCGCUUCCGCGUUUCUUAUGCGAUGUACAUUCCUGCAUCUGUAAGUUUAUACUCAUGCCCUACGCUUAUUAUCAUAUCGAUGUAUAUGAUGGUUAUUAUUUAAUGUUUUAGAUUUAUGUAUAGGAGAUAUUAUGUAUGUAUGUAAUUCAUAUAUAUGUUGGAUAUAUAUAAACAUGACAAAACACAUUAAUAUUUAUAUAUAUUAUAUUUACACCGCUUACGUGCGGGCAUGAAUCGAUUACAAUCAAUGAUGCGCGAAAAAGAGAUCGUACUUAAUUGUAUCAAACAACAAUGCGAUAUUUUCUCGCGAAAAUUUCUUGCAUCUCAUCAAAUCUGCUAUAUGCAAAUGAGAAAGUCAGAGGCAGAUUUUAUUCUAAUGUUGAUGUAAUUUUUUAUACACCUUUCUUUCUUCGUCGUUGAAUAGGCACUUUAGUAAUUACACAUUUUCGCUAUUAAAUCCAAUUUAAUCUUUCAUGAAGAAUUAUAUUCAUUUUUGAAUAAAUGUAUACAAUGUAUUUGUAUCAUCGAAAAUCAAUGUGCAUUAUCAACACAAGUUA